UGAACGUGUUGCGUGCCGUUUCACAACACAUUGCAACUAGUAGUAGUGCAACUCUAGAAAGUAGUGUUGGAAAUCCAAGAAUAAUUCAUGCAAUUCAGUCAAGAACAGAUGUUGAUCUAGCUGGUAGACUAAGGGGGAAGCAUAAUCAGAACGAUAUAGCCAUGGCUGAGCAUGCCGAGGCAGAGACUAAAACGGAUGCAAGCUACAUGUAUGUGGUCGUUGGUGGCGGCAUCGCAGGGGUUACAUGUGCUGAGCAGCUGUCUGCAUUAUGUCCUGAGGAAAGGAUUCUACUCAUCACAAGUUCACCCCUCAUCAAGGCAGUGACGAACUUCACUAAGAUCUCAAGAGCUUUGGAAGAAUUUGACGUGGAGGAGCUCCCUGCUAGCAGCAUGCAGACACGGUGUAAGAACGUCCAGGUCUUGCAGUCCACAGUCGACGGCCUGGACGUUGCCAACCGCAGACUCGCAACACAAGACGGCUCUAAGAUAGCAUAUCGCAAACUCUGCAUAUGCAGGGGACAACCUAAAGUGAUUGCCAGAGACAACCCUUUUGUCCUAGGCAUCAGAGAUACGGAGAGUGUGGUCAAGUUCCAGAAGAGGAUGUCGGGAGCAAAGCGCGUGGUCAUCGUUGGCAAUGGUGGUAUUGCAACGGAGCUUGUCUACGAGAUCGAAGGAUGCGAAGUCAUCUGGGCAAUCAAGGAUGCUGCCAUCAGCAGCACCUUUGUGGAUGCCGGAGCGGCCGAGUUUUUUCUGCCGCAGUUAAAAGCUGAAAAGGAAGCUCCAAAGGGGCCUCUCAAAAGACACAAGUACACUGUAACCAGCAGCACCGGUGGAGGCUCAGGCACCCAAGGGGGUGCACUCGGACCUGACUGGAGUACUGGUUUGAUGAUGAAAGGCAAAGCUGGAGGAUCACAUACUAUCCAUGUGGAGUACAAGUGUGAGGUUGACAGUAUACUGGCACAAGAGCAAGUAACAGCAUUAGGUCGGACUCCAGAUAUCUUUCCUACAACCAAAGAUGAUGAGACUGCAUCAUGGCCUGUGUAUGUCUCUCUCACCAAUGGAAAACUCUAUGGCUGUGAUUUUGUCAUCAGCGCAACGGGUGUGAUACCAAACACCGGCGUGUUUCUGAAAACGGCCAGCUUUGACGUAGCCGAGGAUGGUGGCUUCAAAGUUGACGAUCACAUGAGGACCAGCGUCCCUGAUGUCUAUGCGGCGGGUGACGUGUGCAGUGCAUCCUGGGACCCGGCCCCACACUGGCUGCAGAUGCGUCUGUGGUCCCAGGCACGACAGAUGGGAGCCUACGCUGCCAAGUGCAUGAUUGCUGACAUCCGUGGUGAACAAAUCCCGCAGGACUUCUGCUUCGAGUUGUUCGCUCACGUGACCAAAUUCUUCGGGUAUAAGGUGGUGCUGCUGGGCAAGUACAACGCACAGGGGCUCGGCUCGGACUACGAGAUUCUCCUGAGAAUGACCAAAGGGAAGGAGUAUGUGAAGGUGGUUCUCAAGGAGGAGCGGAUGCAGGGAGUUGUGCUGAUCGGAGAAACGGACUUGGAAGAAACCUUUGAGAACUUGAUUCUGAACGAGAUGGACUUGAGUGCCUACGGGGAAGACCUGCUGGAUCCUGGCAUAGAUAUCGAAGAUUAUUUUGAUUGAGUGUACAAUUUAGCAAUAAGUUUAGUUUUGAUUUUACAAAAGUACAAAUUUAUUCGAAGUUUCAAUCACACACAAACAAUCUAUGAAUCAAACAGGAAUCCUCAUGAAGGAUGGUGGUUAUGUUCAUCACAAAUUCAUGAUGGCAUUAUAACUGUCACACAUACGUGUACCGGUACAUGUACAUGCUCUGUGCACAAUGACGCCCUCAACAGCAUGCCAAUGCGUGUCUUUGACGUUGUGAAACACAAUGUACCUGUACAUGUAUCGCCAAUAUAUCAAAUCUGUGUUUAACAAAUUUGGUCGUGACCAUAUAAGGACUAGCAUCCUUGAUGUCUAUGCAGCGGUAGAACUCAAAAGGAAUAAGAUGGUGAUUUAAUAUUAUCCCUGAUGGGUGAAUCUCUCAGCUAACCAGAACAUGUUAUGUACAUGAUGUAAGGUUUUCUUUUUCUUUCUGGGGAUUAAAUAUCAGCCAGUAAGUACAGUGCAAUUCACGGAGUCAAUUUGUAGUUCAGACUCAACAUGAUAGACUAGUUGAAUAAAACCAAAGUUGAAGUGAAUAUUUUCAAAAGAA